AUGGUUGUGUUCGGCGACGUCGUCGACGACAUUAUAAUGCUUCUGACAGACGUGAACGGUGGUGUCAUGAUGUUGUUCAUCGACGUGGUGAUGCCUAUGAUGGGCGUGACCAGCGGUGUCAUGGUGGUGAUGGUUAUGCCUAGUCUUGCGCAGGCCGCCUUGGCCAUCGUCGGCGAGAGUGGCAUGGUGGUCUUUCCGCGCACCGGCGUGGUGCCAGGCUUCGUGAUAGCGGCGUCAAGCUUUGUGAUAGGUGAGGAGGUGAGAGACCGCGCCGCCGCCGGGCCAUCUCCCGCCGCCGCCGAGCGGAGCCGUCUCUCGCGCCGCGGGACGGACGCCUUCCGCGAGGCCGCGGCCCGGGCGGCGCGGGACCUCCCGUCCUCCGCGCACGCGCUCGAUGGGCUCGCCGACAUCGUCGCCCUGGGCAAGGACGCCCUCGCCCAGGCCGCCGCCUCCUCCGCCUCCCCCCCGUCCGCGGACGCCAAAUCCGACCUCAGCUCCGCGUCGGGCCACCUCUGCUACUACAGCCGCUUCGAGGCGCAGCUGCGCGCGCUCCAGUCGGAUCCGGCCACCUUCGCCGCCGAUCCCGACGACGCCGAGGACUUCGCGGCCUGGAGGAGGGAGGCCGGGUUCUGCGUCGACGAGCGGCAGGAGGAGAUCGAGGCGCUCUGCUACGAGAGCGACGCCGUGGAGGGCAUGCUGGACCGGCUCGUGCCCGACGCUGUGGACGCCGAGCUGUUCUGGGCGAGGUACUUCUACCGCGUCCACAGGCUCAAGCAGCAGGAGGACGCCAGGGCCAAGUUCGUGAAGCGGGUCAUCGCGCAGGAGGAGGAGGAGGAUCUAAGCUGGGAGCUGGAUGAUGAGGAAUCAGCACCAGAGGAGGAGAUUAAGUAG